AUGUCUGAUGAUGUCUAUGCCAACCCCAACCUCACCAAGAAAGUUAGAUUUCAGACAGACGAGAAGGAGGACGGAAAAGCAGACUUCUGCAGAAACACAGAUAAUGUGACGAUUUAUGACAACUACUGCCCAGAGGAGAGCACGCUGCCAGAAUUACAAGACAGCACCACCAAGGAUCAACAGCAAAUCAAUGGACCUUCAUUUAGGAGAAACCUGAGGCUGAUCACUGUCUGUCUGGUGCUGCUGUGUUUUCUCCUACUGGCAGCACUCACCGUGAUCGCUGUCCUGGCGGUCUUUAUGAUUCAAGAUGAAAGCCUGAAGGCAAAUUACAAUGAAAUGAAAAGUAUCAAUGCCAACUUGACCGCGGAGAGAGAUGAACUUCAGACAAAUAACAGUGAAAUGAAAAGUAUCAAUGCCAACUUGACCGCGGAGAGAGACCAAUUACAAAAGCAGAUUGAGAGAUUAACUUGUCCUGCUGACUGGAAGAAGGUUGGAAGUGGCUGUUUUUUUAUCUCGCCUUUAAAGACAAUCCGUGACAGCAAGAAGUUCUGUGAGAGUCAUGAUGCGCAGCUGCUGACUGAGUCCAGCCUUAGAGAACAGGUGAGAGGAAAAUGAACCAUUAUUUCUCUCGAAAACAAACUGAACACUGAUACACAUGGCAUGACAACACAAAACC